AUCAUUGCAUAGCCUCCCUCCACCGCCAUGAAGGUAACAUUUUCUCCAUCACACUCUCAAAAGAUUUUAUAUUCACUGGCUCAGAAAGUAGCCGGAUUCAUGCUUGGAAGCAACCAGAUUGUACCGAGAUAGGUUACAUAAAGGCUACUUCGGGUCAGGUACGAGCUAUCUUGGCCUAUGGGAGAAUGUUGUUCACCACACAUGGUGACUACAAAAUCCGGGUAUGGGAUGCAUCAUCCGCAGAGAAUUUUAGACCUAAGAAGAUCACAACCUUACCACAGAGAAACAGAUUCUCUAAUUUGUUUUCGAAAAAGAGCAGCCAGCAACACACUGAUCACAUCUCUUGCCUCGCUUACAACAAGGAAGACAAGCUGUUGUACACAGGCUCAUGGGACAAAUCAGUUAAAGCUUGGAAGAUCAACGAAAAGCGUUGUGUCGACUCGUUCAUUGCUCAUGAAGGUCAUGUGAAUGGAAUUGUCAUCAACCAGGAAGAUGGGUGUGUUUUCACUUGCUCAUCAGAUGGCUCAGUCAAAAUUUGGAGAAGGGUGUUUGGUGAAAGCUCACAUAUACUCACCAUGACACUGAAGUUUCAACUUUCACCAGUGAAUGCCUUGGCAUUGAGCUUGUCAAAUAGCACCACCCUCCUCUACUCUGGCUCAUCAGAUGGGCUCAUAAACUUCUGGGAGAAAGAGAAGAUGUCUGGAAGAUAUAACCAUGGUGGGUUUCUGCAAGGUCACCAUUUCGCCGUUCUUUGCUUGGUUGCCUUGGGAGAACUAAUCUUCAGUGGCUCUGAGGAUGCAACCAUUAGGGUUUGGAGGAGAGAGGAAGGAAAUUGCUUCCAUUCUUGUCUUUCUGUCAUUGAGGGGCAUCACGGGCCGGUUAGAUGCUUAGCAGUGUCUUUGGAAACAGAGAAUGUGGUCAGGGUUAAGGGUUUGUUGGUUUAUAGUGCAAGCUUAGAUCAAACUUUUAAGGUGUGGAGGGUUAAGGUUUUUCCAACUGAGAAACUAAACUUGGAUGAGUCUACAAAAGACCCACAUAGAGAGAUUUUGGAGUGUGAGACAAGUCCUGUGCUGUCACCUUCAUGGGUGGAGAAAAAGCUUCAGGGCAACUUUUUCCAGUAG